AUGGGUGACGAGGCAGAAAGACGCCAGCAGCGCCCGGAUCUCCCCGAAAGAGGCACAAGCGAUGUUGGCUCUGCCCGAAAGAAGCUCUCGAGUUUUCAGAUCGAUCGAAAUCUAGCAAAGCUCAUUAAGGAUGGCCCUUCCUAUAAGGGGAAAGAGACGCAAAUUGGAUCCAUCUACUUAUACAAAAUCAAGUCUACGGAGACCGACGUCGAACUUCUUAAGAUUGGGAGGACACAGAAACAUCCCGACCGGCGCCGUUCCCAGAUCAAAGGCGUUUGCGCUCACGUGGAGGUUGAAGAGCAUGCCAGUGCAGUGGCUGAAGAGAUCAAUUUCCACGGAUUUGCGGAGAAGCUCAUUCACGCGGAGCUGGCCAACUUCCAACAUCAAUGGGUCUGCAACUGCGGGGCCAGGCACAAGGAGUACUUCGACGUGAACGAGGACCAUGCGGUCCAAGUUUUUGAACGGUGGAGAGACUUUUGCCGAGAACAACCUUGGACCUCCAACGGCAAGAUCUUGCCCGGCUGGGGCCAGCGAUUGCAAAACAUGGGCAGAUUCAGUGGCAGCGAGAAAGAAUUCAACCACUGGGAGCUGGCGAGACGUUGGAGCGUCUUCACAUCGCCAAUGACUGUCGAAAGGGUUGCUUCUGAUGCCAUUCGGCUCUGGAAGGAUGGCUUCCCGAAGCGUUGGCGAAUUGUUGCCUUGGCAGAGUUUAUGACCAUGGCCUGCAUCUCGCGGGUGUCAUUCUGGACUACGACAUGGACAGUGAUCAUCGUCGGUUUAUUACUGGUUGACCUACUGACGACGGAUGACAUGCAUACUUUGAACUGGAUCGAUCGACUCAUGGGCGGUGGCUUGCAAGCCUUCAUGCUGGGGGUGGACAUCAAGACGGUCGGCAAAGGCAGUUCGGAUCAGAGCCUGUCGCCAGAAUCUCGUCGAACGCAGAUGCUGGAUGCGUCGCUAGCACAAGAGACAGACCACCCGACACCGAUUGGCACGCGAGUAAGCAAGUUUGGGGACUCGCACUUCACGGACGAUUGCUCCCUUGAUGCCACCACUGGUGAAAGUCCGGACGCCAUGAACUGCGACAGUAGUUCAGAAGACGAAAUUUGCUCAUCACCAAGCGUCGAAGUGGCUUCUAGACGCAACAGACUUGGCAGCGGAUUGGAGGGUUCAAGCCCCAACACUGAGACCCUUGCGUACGGAAAUCGCGAAAUAGAGGUGGUUGAUCUGACUGGGAUGGAUUCGGACUAG